AGAAUUAUUAUCCAUGUUUCACAGAAAGGGAAGUUGAGGAAGAGUGGUUAAGUGAUUUUUCUCAUGGCCACACAGUGAAUCAGGAUUAGAACUCCAAAAUUGGUGAUUUCCAAGCACAUGCCCUGUGUGUUGUUACAAAUCCACUGCCUGCUCAGUGUCUAGAGCACUGUUAUAUGUGUUUAUACUCUCUUAUAAUGUAUAAAUAGCCCAUACACCACAAGAGCAGGCUCUUUAUGUAAGUAUGGCAUUGCUACUGUUCAGCAUGUUCAGAAAUACUGUAACCUUUGGGCUUCAUGACUAAUUGGUAUACUCUCGUGUCUGCUCCACCCAAAGGCUAGGCAGUGAACAUUAUACCUUCAUAAAAUACUGUUUGCCUAUUAUCAAGUUGAUAAGGACUCUAUAUAAAUACACAAAGGCUUAUUGUUCAUAGCACAAAGCCUCUUCUUCUACUUCCUCUUCUUUUACUCUUUUUGCUUCAUCUCAUGGAGAAAGAAGGGCUUUCUGACAAAAAUCACCCUGAUAGAAGAAAUAACAUCUUUAAGACAUAAUACAGAUAAUUACAGCAAGAAUGGGUCUGCUGAGUUCCAAACACUGCAAAGUCAAACCAGCUAAGAUAUUAAUGCUGGGACUCGAUUCAGCCGGGAAAUCUACACUAUUGUACAAGUUAAAGUUUAAUGAUGUUUUCCUAACACUCCCAACAAUCGGUUUUAACGUGGAAAUGAUUGAAACAGGGCAAAAUAUUGCUAUAACAAUCUGGGAUGUUGGAGGGCAACAUAAAAUGAGGACAUUUUGGUGCAAUUACUUUGAAAAUGCCGAUGGCCUAGUGUACGUUGUGGACAGCACUGAUAAGCAACGUCUGGAAGAUUCAAAGAAAGAAUUUGAACUCAUCUUAAAGAAUGAAUUUGUAAAGAAUGUGCCUGUUGUUUUGAUAGCUAACAAGCAGGAUCUUCCUGGAGCUUUGAACGCUGAGGAAAUAACCAGGAAAUUCAACAUGCAGAAACAUUGCAGUGAUCGAAAUUGGUACGUACAGCCUUGUUGUGCCAUCACUGGGGAAGGUCUGCCAGAAGCAUUCCAAAGAAUAACAGCAUUUGCAAAAAACUGGAAAAAAUCCAGAGAAGAAGCUUUUACAAUUUUCAAACAAGAUGAAAAGUUGUAAGAGUCUUCAUUAUGCCAUCUGGGGAAAGCUAUCAUGGAGAGUUAAUUAUGGGAAUUAAAUCUGCAUAUUGGAAGAUUUGACUCUGCAGGACUUUUAAAAGACUAUUAUAUAGCAAAAUGUAGUCAGAGCAAGCUAAAUUACUAUGUUGUUACAUUUGCAUACUCUUUCAGAGCUACUGUUUAACAGCAUUUUAAUUAAAUGACAUAUUUGUAGCCUAAGUCCAGAUAUUUGGCUAUGUUAAACUGCAUGAUGUAAUACUAAAAAGGUGCAUUUAAACAUUUUAAAUGUUCUACAGUCAUUUUAUUUAUGCUUGUUUAAUUACACAAAAUGUACAAGAGCUGUGAUAAUUGGGUCAUUGAGCAAGCAAAGGAAAAGUUAAAAAAAAAAAUUCAUAUUACAUAACAUACUGUAUUUGUAAGUGCUUUGUGAAUAUGUUUAUUAUGCAGGCAUAUAUAAAUUAUUACACAAGAAAGUAAUUUUGAUAGCUAAUUUAUUUUAACUGUUAUAUCAUUUGACCAAUACUUAAAAGAUAAAGGCUUUCUCCUUUCAAUUAUAUACAAGAGAAACUGCAUACUUGGAACAGAAGCAUUCACAUUACUGCUUUCUCAGGAACCAGUCCUGUUCACAAUGAUUUCAGUUAGAGAAGGAUCAGACCCUCAAAACCCAUAGAAUGAUCAGACCAAGCUGAUUCUCUCUUUUGUGGGGUUUGUGUGUAUUUUAUAUCAUUUUCAAUCAUGAUUAGGGCUGGUGUUUUCCAGAUAUUGCCAAUAUUGCUGUGUUUUUUCCUGAAAUUACCUUUCAUUUCCAGAAUUGUCAAUUCCAGAGGCAAAGCAUGGGGAGGGGACAUGCGGGUCACAUGCCCCCUCCAGAUUUCUGCAAGGGUUUAUAUCUGCUGACUACACCCCAGGGCACAGGGCAGAGGUUGGGGGCUGGCUUUUGUAUGAGACUCACCACCAACUUCUCCCCUCCUCAUACAGGCCUGGGCUCAGCAAUACCACCGUGGAGCUUCCUUCUCCUGAACAGGCAAGGCACUUGGGCUCCCUUGUCAUGCUGCACAAUGGACAGCGCUUGCACCUUUUCUCAGCAGCGUCCACAGCUCCUCUCCCCUGCUCACCUGCCCUGCACACAGCUGGUUCCUGGCCCCUCUCUCAACACACAGCUGGCUCCUGCCCCCUCCCUCCAGCACACAGCUGGUCCAGUUCUAGCCCUCAGUGCCCAGCAUCUGUCCCCCACCUUGCCUGCACAGCAGGCUCCUGCCCCCUCCUGUCUGCACAUAGCUGGCUCCAGGCUCCCAGUGACCAGCUCCUCAUCUCCACCUUCCCUAAUCUCUGCACACAGCUGGCUCCUGCUCUUCCUCCCAGUACACAACUGGCUGUAGGCACCUAGCUCACAUCUCCACUCCUGCACACAUCUAGACUUUGCCCGAGCUGCCUGCAGGCUCAGUGCUGUUCCCUCACAGCUAGAGCCUCCUCCUGACCCUCCUGCACCCAGCGGGCUCUAAGCUUUUAUUGCCAGUGCCUACAGCUCCUACCCCCACUUUCUCCCAUAACACAGCUGGUGCUGCACUCUCCAUGUUGCACAACAGUUACUCCCCACCUGCCUAUUCCAGAAAGCAACUCAGGUGCAGCCGCUGUCUCCCUUCUUCACUUUUCUCCCUCAGCACUGGCUUCUUAUCUGCCCAGAACUCUCCAUGACACCAGCUGCAGCAGUCUUUCCCUUGGGUCCUAAAGCCUGACAAGUUGCUUGCUGCCAAUAAGGGAAUUUCCAAGCUUGCAGUCCCAGUCAGCUGUAAACCUCAGGAGUAACUCUCUUCUAGAACAGUCGCCAUCUGCUAUUACGUAGUAUCAUAAAACAUGUCAUCAAAAGUAGCUCUAGAAAUCAAAACUCCUUUAUCUCUUAGGUACCUGUGCUGAACCCCGCUGCAUGCCACCAGAACCUUUAAAUUUUGCCUUCCUCCCCCACUAUCAAGCGUUAUGUGUUGCCUCUACCCAAUUCCUUUCAAAUUUCCACCUUCUGCUUCAGCCAUUUGAAGCCGUUUACUACCUAUGCAUUAAAUUGUUAAGCCUGGGGAUAGAGUUAAAGAAUUCGGCAAAGAUGUUCUCCAUGUGGAUGGAAGGAAGCUAUUUUGUACAAUUUUCAGCAAAUUUCUUGACUCUGUUAAAAAGGACCACAUAGUGAACCCCAUGAAAGGUCGACAUAUUUGUGCUGGAAAUGACCCACCUUGAUUAUCAUACACAUUGUAAAGAGUGUGGUCACUCUGGAUGGGCUAUU